ACAUUUUGCAAUGUGUCACAUGAGACACCUGACUGUCAGUGUCAAAGUACACAAUGUACUUUAUAAAUAAAAGUCGAAAAGUCGUGUUUGGUUCACUUUAGCGCAAUUAAAAAAUGUUUUUCCGCAACUUUAUAACUGGUUGGUACAGUGAAGACAUGUCGACGAUGGUGGAAUCACCACCCCCCGAGUUCAUCAAAACGAUCGAAUGGGACAUGAUGGACAAGACGAAAUUCUUCCCCUUAUCAAUGCUUAGUUCGUUCACAGUCAGGUGUGCCCUUUACCCCCUAACCUUGAUAAAAACGAGGCUGCAAGUCCAAAAACAUAACGACAUUUACACUGGCAUGUUUGACGCUUAUGGGAAAAUUUACAGAUAUGAAGGGUUCUCCGGGCUGUACCGCGGAUUUUGGGUGUCCUCGGUCCAAAUAAUCAGCGGCGUUUUCUACAUUUCGGUGUACGAGGGGGUCCGGCAUUUACUCGCACAAAAGAAUAUCGACUCGAGGGUCAGAGCGCUGAUCGCCGGGGGCAGUGCCUCAAUUGUGGGCCAAACGAUCAUUGUUCCUUUCGACGUCCUCAGCCAGCAUCUGAUGAUGAUGGGGGUGCAGAACGGCGACAAGUUAGCUUUCAAUACCUUAGGAAUUGCCAUCAAGCCAGGGACGAGCAAACUGGCCCUAACGCUUGAAAUAGCCAAAGAGAUUUUCCGCAGGGACGGAAUUGGGGGGUUUUACAGGGGGUAUAUGGCCAGUUUGGCGGCCUACGUCCCGAAUUCGGCUCUGUGGUGGGGGUUUUAUCACUUCUACCAAGAUGAGUUGCACGCAGUGAUGCCUUCGUGGGUCUCGCAUUUGUUCAUCCAGACAGUGGCGGGGACGUUAGGGGGCUUCACCACCACAAUUAUCACCAACCCCUUGGAUGUGAUCAGGGCUAGACUGCAAGUGCAGAGGAUAGAAUCUAUGAAGUGCGCUUUCAGGGACUUGUGGGUUGAGGAAGGUGUCAGGAUGUUCUCCAAGGGGUUAAGUGCGAGACUCAUCCAAUCUGCCACGUUUAGUUUUAGCAUAAUUCUCGGUUAUGAGACUAUAAAGCGCGUUUCUGUUAACGAUGAAUAUAAAGAAUAUGUCCGUUGGUGAUACUGUUGUAGUUUUAUAUUGUAUAAAAUGAGAUUUUAUCGA